GGAAGCUAUAGUCUCCAUACGAUAGAAACGCACCCGCUUCCAAAAAGUUAAAACUGCAGGGAGGUGAAAUGGUGAUGAAAGUGUGGUGGUGUUUUUCCUUUGCUUUCAUUUCAACGGUGUUUAUUGGUACCACCGUCUAUGGUGGCAAUGUCACCUACGACGGAAGAUCUUUAAUCAUUGAUGGCCAACAUAAAAUUCUUUUCUCCGGUUCAAUUCAUUAUCCUCGUAGCACACCUCAGAUGUGGCCUAAUUUAAUUGCCAAAGCUAAGGAAGGUGGAUUAGAUGUCAUACAAACUUAUGUAUUUUGGAACCUUCACGAACCUCAACAAGGCCAGUAUGACUUUAGAGGAAUGCGUAAUAUAGUGAGAUUCAUUAAGGAAAUUCAAGCACAAGGUUUAUAUGUAACCCUCCGAAUUGGACCAUACAUUGAGAGUGAAUGCACUUAUGGGGGUCUACCGUUAUGGUUACAUGAUAUUCCGGGUAUUGUAUUCAGAUCUGACAAUGAGCAAUUCAAGUUUCACAUGCAAAAGUUCUCUGCAAAAAUAGUCAACUUGAUGAAAUCAGCCAAUCUUUUUGCUUCACAAGGAGGACCAAUCAUACUAUCGCAGAUUGAGAACGAAUAUGGGAACGUUGAAGGGGCGUUUCACGAGAAAGGAUUGUCCUAUAUUCGUUGGGCUGCCCAAAUGGCCGUGGGACUCCAAACUGGUGUGCCUUGGGUAAUGUGCAAGCAAGAUAAUGCUCCUGAUCCGGUGAUCAACACAUGCAAUGGCAUGCAGUGCGGAAAAACUUUCAAGGGGCCUAACUCGCCUAACAAGCCUUCACUAUGGACAGAGAAUUGGACAAGUUUUUACCAAGUCUUUGGUGAAGUGCCGUACAUAAGAUCUGCUGAAGACAUUGCAUAUAAUGUUGCCUUGUUCAUUGCAAAGAGAGGAAGCUAUGUCAAUUACUAUAUGUACCAUGGAGGAACCAAUUUUGACAGAAUAGCCUCUGCUUUCGUAAUAACGGCAUAUUAUGACGAAGCUCCACUGGAUGAAUAUGGUUUGGUUAGGGAACCAAAAUGGGGCCAUCUUAAGGAGCUUCAUGCAGCAAUCAAGUCAUGUUCAAAUUCUAUACUUCAUGGAACUCAAACUAGCUUCAGCUUGGGCACACAACAAAACGCUUAUGUUUUCAAAAGGAGCUCAAUAGAAUGUGCUGCCUUCCUGGAAAAUACUGAAGAUCAGAGUGUCACAAUCCAAUUUCAAAAUAUUCCAUAUCAAUUACCUCCCAAUUCAAUCAGUAUUCUACCAGACUGCAAGAAUGUAGCCUUCAACACAGCCAAGGUACGCAUUCAAAAUGCCAGAGCAAUGAAAUCGCAGUUACAGUUCAAUUCAGCUGAAACAUGGAAAGUGUACAAAGAAGCCAUCCCCAGCUUUGGUGAUACUUCAUUAAGAGCAAAUACACUAUUAGAUCAAAUCAGCACAACAAAAGAUACAUCUGACUAUUUGUGGUACACAUUCAGGCUUUAUGACAACUCUCCCAAUGCUCAAUCCAUUCUUAGUGCAUACAGCCACGGACAUGUUUUGCAUGCAUUCGUCAAUGGAAAUUUAGUAGGUUCUAUACAUGGAAGUCACAAAAAUUUAUCCUUUGUCAUGGAGAACAAACUCAAUCUUAUAAACGGGAUGAACAAUAUUUCUUUCCUUAGUGCAACAGUUGGAUUGCCGAACUCGGGAGCAUAUCUAGAGCGCAGAGUUGCUGGUUUGCGUAGUCUGAAAGUUCAAGGCAGAGAUUUCACUAAUCAAGCAUGGGGAUACCAGAUUGGGUUGUUAGGAGAAAAAUUGCAAAUCUACACAGCUAGUGGAUCAAGUAAAGUUCAGUGGGAAAGUUUCCAAAGCUCCACUAAGCCACUCACAUGGUAUAAGACCACAUUUGAUGCACCAGUGGGCAACGAUCCUGUAGUGCUUAACCUUGGUUCUAUGGGAAAGGGAUAUACUUGGAUUAAUGGUCAAGGUAUCGGUCGAUAUUGGGUAUCUUUCCACACACCACAGGGAACUCCAUCACAGAAAUGGUAUCACAUACCCCGCUCCCUCCUAAAAUCUACUGGGAACCUACUAGUUCUACUAGAAGAAGAAACUGGGAACCCAUUAGGGAUCACUCUAGACACAGUUUACAUCACAUCGCAGUGAAAGAUCACACAUCAUGAGUAAACAAUAAUGCUCUAUCUUAUUACGUGGAUGCAGAGAUCCCAGAUGUAUAGCUAAAGGAGAAAUACGUUAGCAUGGCCCUGUAUCUCAUUCUCCUUCCCCUAGAUACAUAUUUAGACAUCUCCAAAAUUGUGAGGAAUUUUCAAUAUCUUCAUUGAUUGUCCUUGUCAACAAGAAUCCAUUCUCUUGGCAGAUGAUACUUGUCAUCAUUAAACUGGUAAUACAAAUUACACGAUAUAAACAAGAACAAACAAAUAGAACUUGAGGUUUUCUGUAACUUUUAGGCGUCCUAAACGAUCAUUUCCUUAUAGUACAAAACUUUUUCAAACUAAAAUAACAGACAUGUGUUUGAAUACUUAAUUCUUUAUUUUCUUCAUACCUUCAAAUUCUGAUUUA